UAAGGUCGUGCUCUGUGGCCCAGGCUGUAGUGCAGUGGUGCAAUGAUAGCUCACUGCAGCCUCAACCUCCCAGGCUCAAGCGAUCCUCUGGCUUCAGCCUCCAGAUUAGCUGAGCCACAGGCAGGCACCACCAUACCCAACUAAUUUUUCAAUUUUUUGUAGAGAUGAGGAUCUCACUAUGUUGUUCAGGUUGGUCUUGAACUCCUAUACUCAAGUGAUCCUCCUGCCUUGGCUUCCCUAAGUACUGGGAUUACAGGUGUGAGUCACCGCGCCUGACCUCUAGAAGUUAAUUUAAGUGGGGUGGUCAUUGUUAUUCCUGCUAUUGAGACCACUGCAGGCUCACCCAGGUGAAGGACAGUGUCCUGGUAUCUUCCUGGCAUCUCAUUAGACCACAGCCCUGGUGGGUUUGGUCAUUAGUAUUAGAUUUGGGUUGUGGAAUUCUAAAUAUGGGAUUGCUUAUGAAGUCCAUAGGCAAAACCAUCAUCAUUGACAAAUGUUUACAGGGUGUUGUAGUCAACAUUUCUAUAAAACAGCAAUUCAAAGUACAAAAAAAACCCCAAAAAACCCAAAACUCUCCCCUCCAAAAUUUCCACCUAACUCCACCUCCCAACUGUAAGUAAUCAUUUUCUGUUUAUCUAACCACCCCUUUUAUCUAUACCCUUUUCAAUGGGUUGUUGCUACUUUCUUUGUUGCAUGUCUUUAUUGAUCCUGCUAAGGCUAUAACCUUCCUGGGGACAAUACAAACAUCUGUAUCUUUGAACCCCCUACAGAACUUUUCACGGACUGACAAAAAGUCCAUAACUACAUGCUAAAUGAAAUUAUUAAUAUUUAAAGAGCUGAGUGGGCUGGGAGUGGUAGCUCGCACCUAUAAUCCCAGCACUUUGGGAGGCCGAGGCCGGUGGAUCACUUGAGGUCAGGAGUUCUAGACCAGCUUAGCCAACAUGGUGAAAUUCCAUCUCUAUUAAAAAUACAGAAAAUUAGCUGGGCAUGGUGGUGCACGCCUGUAAUCCCAGCUACUCGGGGGGAGGCUGAGGCAGGAGAAUCGCUUGAACCUGGGAGGCAGAGGCUGCAGUGAGCUGAGAUAGCGCCAUUGCACUCCAACCUGGGCGACAGAGUGAGACUACAUCUCAAAAUAAAAAAAAAAAAAGAAAAAGAAAAACCAAAAAAGAUCUGAGUGAAAGAGGCAUUCCUUGGGUUUGUUAAUGUGAAGCUCCAGAGAGCCAAGUCAAUGACUGGAAUUUCGAUAGCACAAAACCGUAUUUAAAUAUAAUAACUUUCUAAAGAAUAAGUUGUUCAUUAAAUAAAACUUGUUUGAGGUACCCAUCAUUGAAUGUGGGGGGGUUGAGUCUUGAAGAUCAGCUGUUAGGGGUGUUGCAGAGAAGAUCCCUGCAUAGACAGUAGAUUGGAUUAGACAGCCUCUUCCAAUCCUUAAGUGUACGAAUUUGCUUUCUUUGUCAAGCAUUAUAGAAAUGCCAAGUAGUAUUAUUCAUCUGAUGCAGAAAUAAGUGAAUUUGUUCUAUUUAAAUCCUGAAGUGCAGGGAUGCUAAAUAUACAUAAGAUCUGAAUAUUAACAUAAUUGAGUAUUUUUUUUUGUAGAAAUAGGAGUUGCUCUAGGCUGUCCCUUUUACUCCUCUCCACCCUACUCCCCACAAGAGUCAAGAAGUUUUGUGCUGUUCCCUUCCUUUAUCAUUUGCUCUUCCUCUUUCUUCAGUCUUGAGUGCUCGGCAGUUGAUUCCUGUGCUUGGGUUCCUUAAAACUGUAUAUAUAUACAUACAUAAAUCAAAGCGUGUUCUCCCCCACACUCCGGGUUCUUCUAGCUGUGGGUGUCACCCACAUAGCGCUGAAGCAAGGAACAAGGGAGCGUUGUCCUCGGCUAGUGGGCGCCUGGUCCAUGUGGCAGCUCAAACCCAGGAAUUGUGGGGUCUAAUCGAGGUGGUUAGAUGAGGCUCCUUGUUUUCGGGAAUGGUGGUCCGCAAGGUCUUCUCGAGGCCCCUCUACACACUCCCCAACUUAGGUCACAAUUUAUGUAUCUGUCUGGUUAAAGCUUCGUAUUAGAAAGGGAGGGAGCCCAAAGUAUCUUUUCUCUUCGGUGUCUCAACCGGCCAACCACGACGUUUUUAGGCCGACCUGGGAGGCAGGGGGAACGCAACAGACUGAGAAGUCCUUAAGGAAGAAUCUAAACAAGUCCGCCGUUUGCUGUUUGGGAGUGCGAUACAAAAUGAAUAUGUAGGCAAGUGGAACGUAGACUGCAGAUUUUAAGCCAGCGGCGUUUCUGCCGAAAUCCUGGCAAAUUCCGGUAGAAGUCAGCUGCAGGAGGCGGAGGAGAGUCAAAAACCAAAAAACAACCAGCAAACCAGCUGGGCAGAGCUGAGCGGAGAAACUCCAGAGCCUUUUAAAGAGACUCUCGUCACAUGACACCCCCAACCCCGACCCCCAGUCGGCACGCCUCCGCCCUCAGGUGGCGGGGCCGCCUGGCGUCACUUCCGUCCAGACCGGAACCCAAGAUGGCUGCGCUCUUGCUGAGACACGUUAGUCGUCAUUGCCUCCGAGCCCACUUUAGCCCUCAGCUCUGUAUCAGAAAUGCUGUUCCUUUGGGAACCACAGCCAAAGAAGAGAUGGAGCGGUUCUGGAAUAAGAAUAUAGGUUCAAACCGUCCUCUGUCUCCCCACAUCACUAUCUACAGCUGGUCUCUUCCCAUGGCGAUGUCCAUCUGCCACCGUGGCACUGGUAUUGCUUUAAGUGCAGGGGUCUCUCUUUUUGGCAUGUCGGCCCUGUUACUCCCUGGGAACUUUGAGUCUUAUUUGGAACUCGUGAAGUCCCUGUGUCUGGGGCCAGCACUGAUCCACACAGCUAAGUUUGCACUCGUCUUCCCUCUCAUGUAUCAUACCUGGAAUGGAAUCCGACACUUGAUGUGGGACCUAGGAAAAGGCCUGAAGAUUCCCCAGCUAUACCAGUCUGGAGUGGUUGUCCUGGUUCUUACUGUGUUGUCCUCUAUGGGGCUGGCAGCCAUGUGAAGAAAGGAGGCUCCCAGCACCAUCUUCCUACACAUUAUUACAUUCACCCAUCUUUCUGUUUGUCAUUCUUAUCUCCAGCCUGGGAAAAGUUCUCCUUAUUUGUUUAGAUCCUUUUGUACUUUCAGAUCCCCUUGGAGCAGUAGGGUACCUUGUAGACCAUAAUAGUGGAAAAGGGUCUAGUUUUCCCGUUGUUUCUAAAGAUGAGGUGGCUGCAAAAACUCCUCUUUUUUGCCCGCAGCUUGCCUACUCUCAGCCUAGAAGCAGUUAUUCUCUCUCCAUAUUGGGCUUUGAUUUGUGCUGAGGGUCAGCUUUUGGCUCCUUCCUGAGACAGUGGAAACAAUGCCAGCUCUGUGGCUUCUGCCCUGUGGAUGGGCGGGGGGGGGGGGGGUUGGUGAGGCUUUGGGUGCCACUGCCUGUGGGUUGCUGGCUUAAAGGACAAUUCUGUUCAUUGGUGAGCGCCCAGGCCAUUAACACCUACACAGUGUUAUUGAAAGAAGAGAGGUGGGGGUGGAGGGGAAUUAGUCUGUCCCAGCUAGAGGGAGAUAAAGAGGGCUAGUUAGUUCUUGGAGCAGCUGCUUUUGAAGAGAAAAUGUAUAGCUUUUGACACAAGAGGAAGAUCCAGAAAAUUAUCAUUGAACAUAUUAAUGGUUAUUUCUUUUUCUUGGAUUUCCAGAAAAGCCUCUUAAUUUUAUGCUUUCUCUUCGAAGUGAUGUACCCUUUUUUUCUGAAACUGAAUUAAAAUACUCAUUUUA